AUGAUCUUUGAAUCUAAGUAUCCUCUCCCCUCGGUACCCAAGACCGAUGUCUUCAACUACAUUUUCCACCAGGGCCGACGGCCGUAUCCAUGGAGUCGAGUGCUCUACCGCGUCGACCAGACCGGUGAAACGCUGACGCUGGCUGAGCUGGAGGAGAAGAGUAGACGCUUCGCGGAUGUUCUUCGCUCGGAGUACGAGAUUAUGGCCAAGGAUGUCGUCGGCAUUCUGGCCAAGGACAGGAUCCAAUAUCCGAUUGCGUAUUUUGGCGCUUUGGCUGCCGGAGCUACAGUGGCCCUCAUUCCCGUGCAGCAGGAGAUGUCGGAAACAGACAUUGCGACUCGCAUGGUCCAGUCGCAGGUCAAGCUGCUCAUCACGGACAGUGACCUGCUGUCCUUUGCCGAAGUCUCUGCAAACUUGGCAGGCGCUAUCCGCCUCAUCACGCUCGACGCCAGCCCUGAUCAACCAUGGGCAUCGCUGGAAGGACUUCUGCCUCGUGGUCGCCCCGACGCUGACCUCUUCCGGUUGGAGACGGAGGCCAGCGCAGAGGACCACGAUGCGUUUCUAAACCGGACGAGUGGAUCUACAGGCAACGUCAAGUCUGUACUAACCAGUCAUGCCCACUUCAUCGCCACAAUGGAAGGCACUAUCGGCACGAUACCCGACAAUACCGACCCGGACCGCGAUGUGUGGCUCUCUCCGCUAUCGCUGGGUUUUUUCAUCAAUGCCAAGCUCCACAUGGGUCUCAACAUCAUGCUGGGAAUUCCCGUGGUACUCAUGAACGGGGCCCUCGACGAGACGACCGUCGACGUGGUCGGCCGCCACAAGAUCAGCUUUCUCUUCAUCACGCCGCCGAUUGCCGCCCGCCUGGCGCGAGCGGACCUGAAAGCACCCGGAAUCGACGUCAGCAGUGUCAAGUGGCUUCUCACAGCGGGAGCUCCCAUGCACGAGAACCUGCGGCAGACGGUGUCCGAGCAAUUCGGGGGCGUCCACCUCGACCUGGAAUGGGGCACCUCCGAGACCAUGCUCAUCGCGAUCCAGCGAGACGAGGAUUCCCGGCGCAGUAACUACAGCGGCACGCUGGUGAACGGCAUGGAGGCCAAAGUGAUCAGCACGGUAACCGGUGAGGAACUCGGGGCUGGCGAAGCCGGCGAGAUUCUGGUGCGCAAUCAGCUGUGCCGAUUCAAGGGCUACAAGGAUAAUGAGGUGGCCAAUCGCGACUUCGACGCCGAGGGUUGGUUCCACACCGGUGACUACGGGUACCUCGACGAGAACUGCAACGUCUUCAUCAUGGAUCGGAUCAAGGAGCUCCUGAAGGUCGGCGGCGGGUACGGGACGCACAUCUCCGCUGCGGAGCUGGAGGCCGUGGUCUUCGAGCAUCCCGCCGUGGCCAGUGCGGUGGUCGUGGGCAUCCGCAACGACUUCACCCAGUUGGAUGAGCCUACCGCGUUCGUCAUCCUCAAACCCGAGUACUAUCACAACGCUCUGCUCACCCAGCUGUUGGAGCGCGAUAUUCUGGAGUUCGCUGGCCAGAAACUGACGGGGUUGCGCAAGCUGACGGGUGGAGUCCGCUGUCUCGCCCAGUUUCCCACGACAGGCUUCAAGAUCAAUCGUAGGCAGCUCAAGCAAAUGGGGCAUGCAACGGGGGCAGAUGUGGCUAGAGGGAUGUUUUCUUCCCCUGUUUUGAAUCAUGUGCAGUUAGUUUGA